GUAUCUAAGAUGGCGUACCGACAUGUGGUGAGACAUCCAAGGUUGCAAGCUCGAAUUUUUCUUUGUAAUUGGUACAUGAAGUUGGUUAGACCGGGAAGGGAGCUCCCUGAAAAUACAGUCCAGUUCCAUGUUCCUAUGGAGUAAGUAAAGAAUUCUAAAAUCGGAACAUCUAUCAUUUCAGCGCAAGUGAACAGUCCUAAGUAUAAACUCGUCGGAUGAUGUCGAAACUCUAAAAAGAACUUUUUCUUGCCUUUCAAUUAUCUUAUCGAGAGCUAAGUUGGAAAUUUGUCUUUUGUUAUUCCUUGGGAUAGCAGAAUAGUUGAAUUAACGAGUUUGAACGAUCGAGAAAUGAAUGCAUUAUGAAUAUUUGAACACACAGAAGUGGUGAAAUUUUGACUCGACAGCUUCUUCGCAGUGAUACUGGCCUUAAACUGGGCUUUAGGCACCCGUCACUAGCAUGCAUUUAGUGUCAAGAUUUUGUGUCGCACACUGAUGAUUUCCCAAUCUUUCGUGCAAAAUUAUACUUAAGAUCAAACAUGCAGUGUCGUUUUUACGAUAGAACUCCCGAAUGAUUUUGUAUCAAGAUACUCUAUAUCUUCAAGAAUCAUUAAUUUUUCAGCACUUUCUUUUACAGUAAUUUUUUUUAAAAGAAAACCACCAUGAUCAGCAAUGAUGACUGUCUUCCCUUAUGUCCCACUUAUUUUAAAUAUCCAUUCAGUGAUAUUUAAGUAAACAAAAUGGAAGAAUCACCAUUUUUAGAUGCAGUAAUCUCAUUGUGCGGGUGUUUACUCUGUCUCAUAGGGUUGGAGCUUCCUUUAGCCCUCUAAAUCCCAAGAUCUGAUUGUCAAUUCUCCCCUGUAGCUGCUACUGAUUUCCUUGUAAAUUAGUCUAAAGAAUUUGGUGUGAGAUCAAGAUAACAACUUCUACCUGAUAAAUUUGAGUAUUCUCAUUACCUGAAAAGUUACAAGUGUACAUGUUAAUCACGUCUGGAAGUUAAAGGGUCAAGGCUUCCUGUGAGAUGUGGCAGAAAAACUUUUUAGUCUUGGGUGUUAGUAUAACAUGUUUCAGAAGGUUACACAAUAUUAUUUUAUAGGGCAUUUAUGCAAGUUUUGUGAAGAAUUGAUACACAAAGUCUAUUUGAGGAAUUUUCAUUUCCAGGAUCUUUGCAAACUGUUUUGCAUAGAUUUUAGAGUCGGCUGAAACAAUAUAUUUUUUUGUCACAAUUUUGAAUAACUGCAUUAUUAAUUUAUAUCAAGCAGCCAAUCAAAUACAGUCGUUUUUGUCAGUUUCAAUUUUCACAAAUUCAAUGAAACGCACAUUUUUAACACAAGCUGAAAUUUUCUCCACUUUAGAUAAACAUGGAGAGUACUGUUCUUAGUAAAGUUCCAAUCCUUUUCACUCACAUAUAGUGGAUACUGUAGUGCCUUAACCAUUUUAUUUAUUUUUUGAAAUAUAUUAUGUUUUAAACUUCUCCCCCAAAGUUUGUGCUAUUAUUUAAAAAUUCAAAUUGUUUGAACACUAAACAUAUCAUGUUUGCACCUUAAAAAGACAUGUUUUUUUGGUCACUUGACAACAACAGAGGCCACUGGUCCUGUUCUGGACCUUGUUCCUUUUAUCAAAUCAAUUGUCUAAUUUUUCUUUGUACUUGCAGCAUGUCAAAGUUGGAUAUUAAAAACUACCUUACCAGCAUUUACAAACUUGACGUUGCCAGGGUGAACACCAGAAUACAGCAUGGUGAGAUGAAAUUAUUUGCAAAUGUUAUUUCAUACCUGUAGAUAGUCAAAGUAAUAUUAAAAUUCUAUGUACAACAAUAACAAUAAUGAUCUUAACUGAAUCUGAAGGUCUGUGCUUUGAUUCCUCAUGGAGAUUUUUCUUUGUCCCAUGCUUGUGACAAGACAAAAAACAUCUUUCUUGAAUGAUCUUAACUGUUGUGGCUACUCUGCCUCUUUGACUCAAGACCCCAAAAUAACACCAUGGAAAAAAAUCCAGUGGAUAGAGAGGAGAGCGUGAGUCAAGUGAAAACAUAUAAGAGGCCUAGCUCCACAACCACUGAACCAUGUUGUCUCCUAUCAACAUCAGGACAGAAUAAUUUGUGGUGACCACUUUACCCUGAUCACAUGUCAAAGUGCAGGAAAAGGCUCUGCUCAUUUCUUAUUAACUUUACUUAAUUCUAAUAAGUAGUAACAUCAUCAGUAUAUAUACAUGUAUUUAGCUGUCAUGAAGGUAACUAAAAAUGACAUGCAUAGCUAUGGAACUACUCUUUUUUAACUGUUUGAGUGAUCAUACGGAAAAUGGAGAUAAUUGAAAUCUUAUUAGAUAGGAUUGACAUUUUAUAAAAAGAUGCUGGUUUGAGCCCUAAUGGAAGAAGCUAAAGAUGACUUUAUUGGUAACUUUUCUUUUCCUACCUAAUGCAAACAGCAGUUUUAAAAGAAAUCUACAAAUACUGACUCCUUGAAGUGAUAUUGUAUACCAUCUAAAAGCUUCUUGUGUCAGCAGUUUUGAAGUAAAUACUCAAUAUGAGAGAAUUGGGCUUAAACUGGAAAUGAAAAAAACUCCAAAAAUACACCAAAUUCCAUUUGCAGAAGGUAUAUUGUGUACGCAUCUACUCUAUGCAAUAUUUUGAGGCUAUAGGUGCACAGUUUAUUUGUUUAAUCUUAAAUCCAUGUGUAGUAAAAUAGAAGAAAUAAAGAUAAAAAUUUAAUGGGUCAAUUUCAUCUAAAAUAGACAGAUUCAGGAUUUUAUCAAUUUUCAGCUGCAAGAUUGACUGUGCACCUUUAAGAAGGCCAUUUUUUCAUGUCAGCAGAAUAUUGAAAAUAUCUAAUAUGCAAAAAGAAAAACAUAUACAUUGAAGAUUAUGGAGAGUGGGUGGUCAGAUCCAGCAAGAGAAUUUUUUUUUGUUAUCCAGCAAGUGAAAUUAGUGUCUAAGGCAAGUCCCUUGAACUGAUUAUAGAAAGGAACAACUAGGUCAUUGCAAGGUUUCAUAAAAAUUUCAAACAGACAUAGUUUAGUUUGCGUGAAUAUUUAAGUUUUGCCUUUUUCCCUAGUUCCUUCCAAUGCUAGAACAUUUACUUCUUGUCUCUCUCUUGACUGGGCCUAAGUGUUUUUUUUUUUUUAAUUCUUUUUUUAAUUUUUUUUGCAGGAAAGACUAAAGCAUUACUCAUCAACAGGAAGAUUACAAAGAGAAAAUAUCCAGAUUAUAAAGUAGCAUAUGUAGUUCUGGUAGGUAGAUAUUUUAUUAGAAAUGCACAGAUACAAAUCCUAUUCGUUGUGAAUGAGAUCUUUUGUGAUACCAACUUGCAACAGUUCGGAAAAUCUGUGUCCAAGGGUGAGGUAUUGGGUUCCUUUACAUGGGUUAGAUGCUUUUCUCUUACAAUCAGAAGAUCUUGCAAGAGAAGUCAGAGAUUGGGAGGGCAAAUCAGGCAAAUGAGCCUAUGGACUCUGGCCUUCAAAAUUUAUGGGCCAAUUCUAAGUAGCAUGGCCCAUUGCAUUACAAUGAUGGGGUGGGCUGGAAGAAAAUGGACACGGGUCCCACGGGUCUUUUCGUUGUCACUUCAGAUAGUGUGUAUCUGUUCCGCAGUUCCUUGCAGUGUACAUUUUCAUGAAAUGAUUUAAUUCAGGUCACUACAGUAAAAAAACUAAACACCUGUCCACUUCAGGUAAAAAGCAAUCAUUGCACUAUUACGCAGUGUCCAGGGCUCCAAUUGGAAAAUGGUCACCCCAACAAAAAAUUUGGUCGCCCCCCUCCUCCUCUCCCCCCCUCCAAAAGAAAAUAUAUUUUAAUAAAACCUCGUAUCAGUGGGAGGACAAUUCAUGUUGCACCACAUGAUUGUCUGUAGUGAGCCCAACUAUGCGUUCACAACACUUUCGUUUGCUCGCUUGCCGAUUGAAAUAUUGUGCCAACGGUCAAGAGAAAGAGAGCGAAGAGAGUCUUAAAUCACUUAGUAACCAUACUUCUUAAUGCAGAGUUGAUGGUUCCUAUAUGUAGGAGGCAAAGCCCCAUAUGUCAUCCAGAUGGGUGAUGGUAACAAUAGAAUUCCGAUCUUGGCCCAAUUCUCCGACCCGAUGUUUCCCGUUGCGACUAACUGUUUGUUUCAGAAUUCUACAUAAGAUGUUAAACAUCUCAAAAUCAUUUCAGGAUGGUGCAUGAAAAAACAAAACUUUUCCUGCAGAAAUAUCUUUAAGGUGUGAUCGGCGCAUCAUGAAAACUUAGAGGAUAUUUUUUUCUUUGAGGAGAGAACAUUUAACGUUUGAAUCAGCGAAUUAUGCCCAAUAGAUCCAAAAUUAUAGUUAUUUUCACUUCUUGCCGUGACACUAAAAAAAAAGAUGAUAAACGUCUGAAAAAAUAUUACACUGAGAGGCGUCUCCGGCAUAUAAUUGAAACAAGACUUUUCCUUGAAGAAAUAUAUAAAUAGGUUUGAUUUGCACAUCGUGGAAACUUUAAAGAAAUUUUAUUUAUUCGAUUAGAGAGCACUUGUGCCCAAAAGAGCCACAAAAUUUGCGAAGCGAGCAAGGUCCCAAAUACCAUACCUUGACCUCAACAGUGUGAAUGAUAAAAAUGUGGAAUGGCGGGAUAUCCUACAGCGCAGAAUGCCUUGUUCUAUGGAACUUAAGUCUCGCAAAAGUGGAAUUGCAAUGAACUAAGAAAAUAAUUUAUAAUUAUCAGGGAGAACUGAAUGAAGCAUAGUUUAAUUGUUGUUAGAGCCUAGAGGAUAGACUGAUAGAGAAACAGCGAGGUUCUUCAUCUAGUCCCUAUAAAUUAUCAUCACUAUUACUGUUGAUAUCAUUAUUACUAUUAUCAUUAUUGCUGAUAUGAUUAUUUUUUUUACAGUUUAAUUAUCGGUUGAGUGUCAAUUAGUCACCACAUCAUUGAACCAUCUUUUUCUUGUGGAACAGGAUACUCCUAAAUAUGUGUGGUGCGGCAGGUUUUCUGUUUUGCAUAUGAGACAAAUCUUCUGUAAAACUACCUUCUAGCAUCAUUACACAACCUCCAGUUCUUUUCAAUACUAUAAAAGUUGUGCUUUAUCAAUAGCCACAUGCGGUCUUUAACUACCUAUUUUUUCCUAACAUUAAGGAAUUGUAUAUUUAUUAAUGACUGAAAGUGGAACUUUUUUUACCUUCUCUCUUGGAAAACUUCAUGAUUAUCUUUGACCUGUUCAUCAUUUUUUUACACCAUACAAUGAUGGGUCUGUGUUCAAGCGCUCUCCUUUUGUUUCAUUUUAUUCCAGGCUUCAGGGACGUUUAAGUUUCCUGAUUUAUUUCCCAAAGAUACCCCAAAGGACGAGCAGACUGAUCAGAAACCGACAGAACCCACUCCAGAAAAUACCCCGCAUCUACGUUGGUUUUAAUGACAGAAGACAUUAAAUGCCUCUGAAACCCAAAGACGAUUGAAACGUUUGAGGAGUCAGCCAAAAAUCUUUUUGGUCCCCUUUCUCUAGUCUGUUUGUUGUUGAACAAACCAAAGGAAAGAAGGAAAGGUCGGAUUUUUUAAACAUAAAUUGUGGCGGGAAGAAACUGUUCAUGGCCAACUGAAAAUAAGCAACUUGCUCGCACCAUAAUAUUAUAGGAUGCUGUAGAAUGGGUUCUUCAGCUUCUAUAGCUGAGCUUUUUAUUCUGAAUAUAAUAUUUUAACUUGUUGCAUUCUGAAGAAUUUUCUUCCUAUCUUGUGGUGUUAUUUUAAGGUUUUUCAAUAACAAGCCAGCGGCGGCCCUAAAAGUAUUCGCACAAAUACAUGUGGUAGUGUCUCAAAAGUUUCGAAAUUGUAACUCAGAGGCGUAUUGAAUUAUUUCUUUAGAACUGUUACUUUAUUUAUAUGCGUGAUUUCUACAAAUCGUCAUAUUGCAAUGUAAUACAAAAGUCUUGAUCCGAUGUCAAAUGUUGCGUUCGGAAUAUGUAAAAGAAUAAAGUUGAGCGAUUCGUCUCUAGUGACGUCUCCUACUCUGCAGCAUUCCACUUGGAAAAUUUACCCAG